UCCCUUCAUAAAGGCUGGGCCAGCCUGGGCAGACCGACCGCCCUGCCCAUCCUCUGCUUCCCCCCGCGCCAGCGGCUCCGACCAUGAGAGGCAUGCUUUUCGUGCUGUGUGUCUUGUGGACUCUGUUGGAAGCUGAAUCCCAGAAACCCAGUGACUGCGCUAGGUGGUGCCCCCUGAACUCCAAAUGUGUCAACGCCACCGCCUGUCGCUGCUCUCCUGGGUUCAGUUCUUCUUCUGGGGAGAUCUUCACCAACCUCUUGGAGAAUUGUGAUGACAUCAAUGAGUGUGCACCACCCUUGGCGGUGUCCUGUGGAAAAUUUGCCGACUGCCAGAACACAGAAGGGAGCUACCACUGCGAAUGCAGCCCCGGGUACGAGCUUGCUUCUGGGGCAAAAACUUUCAAGAGUGAAAGUGAGAACACGUGUCAAGACGUGGACGAAUGUCAGCGGAGACCCAGAAUCUGCAAAGGCCGCACCAUCUGCGUCAACACCCAGGGCGGCUACACCUGCAGAUGCCCACCCGGCUUUAAGCACGACAAGACAGACCCGAACACGUGCUCAGACGUGAAUGAAUGUACCUCGGGGCAAAGCCCGUGCCACCGCACCACCCACUGCCUCAACACCAUGGGGAGCUAUGAGUGCCGCUGCCGCCCCGGCUGGAAGCCCAUUCCCGGGUCCCCCAAUGGCCCAAACAACACCAUCUGUGAAGAUGUGGACGAGUGCCGCCCUGGACAGCCUGCGUGCCACAACUCCACCGUCUGCGUCAACACUCUGGGCUCAUACAGGUGCCGCUGCCGCCGUGGCUGGGAGCUCAAACCCGGAUUCCAGAAUAUGCAGCCAAACACUACCUGUCAAGAGAUGGCCUUCCCCCCCUGGACCCCACCCCCUGGAAUGCAGAGCCAGACACUCACCAGCUUCUUUGAAAAAAUCCAAGCUCUGCGCAGAGACUUCAAGCCAGCCUUGGCUCAGGACACCAUCCAGGAACUCAUCGAGUCAGUGGAUGUCAUGCUGCAUACUCCCGGGGACCUAGAGGACUUGUCCCUGCCUGAAAGGCACAAGGUGGCCACCCACCUCCUCUCUGAGCUUGAGAGAGUCCUGAGGACCCUGGCCAAGGCCAUGCCCGGAGCCUCCUUCACCUACCAUUCCCCUCUGAACACAGAGCUAUCCCUGAAGAUCCAGGAGCGAGGGGAUAAACAGGCCACCAUAGGCCAGAGACACGCACGGAUGUCGCUGGACUGGGAUGCGGCAGCUACAGCCAGCGACUCAGACCCCACCAUGAUGGGCAUCCUCUCCAGCUGUGAAAUACGGAAAUUGCUGGCCAAAGCCUCCUUGGAGCUGGACCCUGAGAAGAAAGAUAAGCUAAAAAAUACCCUGGGACAUCCCGUCUAUGGAACCCAGUCCAAGCUCUUCUCAGCCGUCAACUUGGUGUUUCUGAGCAACACAGACACCGAGCACCUUGACUCCCCGGUCACCUUUGCCUUCUCCCACCCUACGAAGACCACUGAACCGCAGCAGGAGCUGGUCUGUGCCUUCUGGAAGAAUGACGGGCGGGGCGGAGGGCACUGGAACACCACGGGCUGCUGGACCCGGGGCACCGGGAACCACAGCACCACCUGCCAGUGCAGCCACCUGAGCAGCUUUGCCAUCCUUGUGGCCCACUACGACAUACAGGACCCAAAGCUGGAGCUGAUCACCACGGUGGGGCUCUCGCUGUCGCUAGUCUGCCUGCUGCUCUGCAUCCUCACCUUCCUGCUGGUGCGGCCCAUCCAGGGCUCGCGCACCACCGUGCACCUGCACCUCUGCCUCUGCCUCUUCGUGGCCUAUGCCAUCUUCCUGGCAGGCAUCAAGAACGACGGGGACUGGAACAGCCAGGUGAGCUCUCACCUCCCCCAGAACCCCCACCUGGAGAAGUCCCCAGCGGGGUGCAAGCCAGAGGGCUUCGGCGGCCUGGGGCUGCGCUGCCGCCUGGUGGCCGGACUGCUGCACUACUGCUUCCUGGCCGCUUUCUGCUGGAUGAGCCUCGAAGGGCUCGAGCUCUACUUCCUGGUGGUGCGCGUGUUCCAGGGCCAGGGCCUGAGCAAGCGCUGGCUCUACCUGAUCGGCUACGGGGUGCCCCUGCUUAUCGUGGCCAUCUCCGCGGCCGUCAGACACGAGGGCUACGGCCGCAACACCUAUUGCUGGCUGAACCCAAAGAGUGGCUUCCUCUGGAGCUUCCUGGGACCUGUGAUCUUCAUUGUCCUGUGCAAUGCCGUCAUCUUCGUCAUUACGGUCUGGAAACUCUCGCAGAAGUUUUCUGAGAUCAACCCCGACAUGAAGAAACUUAAGAAGGCCAGGGUGCUGACCAUCACGGCGGUGGCUCAGCUCUUCGUGCUGGGCACCACCUGGGUCUUCGGCCUGUUCCUCUUCGACCCGCUGAGCUGGGUGCUGUCCUACACCUUCACCAUCCUCAACUGCCUGCAAGGUUUCUUCCUCUACACCCUCCACUGCCUGCUCAACAAGAAGGUGAGGGAGGAGUACCGGAAGUGGGCCGGCUGGGUCACCGGGAGCAAGUACUCGGAGUUCAGCACCUCUUCAUCCAACCAGACGCAGGCCCACAGGUCUUCAGAGUCUGGCAUGUGACAGCGCGGUCCCCACAAGGAGGUCCUGCGGCCUCAGCAGCUUUUGCACAUGUCAAAGACGGUCCCCUCCUCUCUCCCCACUCUGCUCCCUCCGCCAGCCUGCCCUGGGCCCCCACGUGCAGCACAGAAAGCAGGGGGCAGCCGCUGUCGUCUAGCACUGAAGCCCUGGAAGCCCAGCCGGGUGGGGAGUCAGACUCACUGGGCCUGCUUCUGGCUGCCCCGCCCCCCCACUGCCCUACGCCAGCCCGGACCCAGGGCGAGGGCAGGAGCCGGCCCGGGGCAGCAGCCCCUUCCCCUGCUCCACAAGGCCUGUCGGACUGAGGACCCCUUCCCCUCAUCCGUCUCUGCUCCGAAACAGAAGGUCAGGGUGCUGGGGAUCUGGCUGCCCCUUAAGCUAGAAGCCUGAGGCCAGGGGUGGGGGAAGGCCGAGCCCCUCCCAGCCUCACAGCCUGAGGCUCACGGUACAGAGACCCAUCCGCCCCUGGAGGCAGAAGGCUCUCACUUGUUCUGACGAUUAUGGAUGUUGUAUGUUUUUUUUUUUUAAUCUGUAUAUAAACUGUGCAAUGUU